GAACUCCGCGGCGGUUCGGCCGCUGGGAGUUGCGAAGCCGUACCGGCCUUUGGCUCUUGUCUGGGAGGAUGGAUCCAGGACCCGGGACCGACACGGCGCCGCUGACUGGCCUGGCCUGGUCGUCGGCCUCGGCGCCUCCCCCGCGGGGAUUCAGUGCGAUCUCUUGCACCGUGGAAGGGACGCCCGCCAGCUUCGGCAAGAGCUUCGCGCAGAAAUCUGGCUACUUUCUGUGCCUCAGUUCUUUGGGCAGCCUAGAGAAUCCGCAGGAGAAUGUGGUGGCCGAUAUCCAGGUCCUGGUGGACAAGAGCCCCCUCCCACCGGGCUUUUCCCCGGUCUGCGACCCCCUGGACUCCAAGGCCUCUGUGUCCAAGAAGAAACGCAUGUGUGUGAAGCUUGUGCCCCUGGGGGCUGCAGACAUGGCUGUGUUCGAUGUCCGGCUGAGCGGGAAGACCAAGACGGUGCCUGGAUACCUGCGAGUAGGGGACAUGGGGGGCUUUGCCAUUUGGUGCAGGAAGGCCAAGGCCCCAAGGCCAGUGCCCAAGCCCCGAGCUCUCAGCCAGGACAUGCGGGGCCUCUCCCUGGACCCCCCUGCUCAGCCCAGUAAGGGUGGCUUUCCAGAGCGGACCCUGUCCAGGUUAGGCUCUCGGGCAUCUACACUGCGGCGGAGCGACUCUAUCUACGAGGCCUCCAACUUCUAUGGCAUCUCAGCCAUGGAUGGUGUUCCCUUCAUCCUGCACCCCCGGUUCGAGGGCAAGAGCUGUGGCCCCCUGGCCUUCUCUGCCUUUGCUGAUCUGACAAUCAAGUCGCUGGCGGAUAUUGAAGAGGAGUAUAACUACGGCUUCGUGGUAGAGAAGACGGCAGCCGCACGCCUGCCCCCCAGCGUCUCGUAGCUCUCGGUCAGCCCUGGGACAGAGCCCCCUACCCGCCACCCCGGGACCGGCCGCCACCCUGCCCCACAGCAUCUUGGGAACCUUGGCAGGGCAGGGCGUUCUAGACCGUCAGCCCCCCAGGGGAGCCACAGCCCUGGAGAAGGAGCAAGACCGGUCUGCUUGGUGAUGGGGUUUCUCGCCCCCUGGGCCCUGCAGGGCAGGUGUGGGGGAUGGACGGAAACCAGUGCCUUCAAGUCAUUUGUGUCAAAACUCUCUGGUGCCUGGAGGCCACACGGGCGUCUUCCUGGCAAUAAACACCACCCUGUGCCCAC